CUCACAACGCAAAAGCAUUGGGGUGCUAGUAUUUCAGCACAUUACGGGUGCCAACACGCCUUUCCUGUUGCCACACGAACUUUCCACGCGCAGCCCCAAGCGCGACCCUACGAGGGAACUGCCGAUUGAGAGCUGAACAUUAUAGCUUCGUAGUAGUGCUAGCGCCGGCGUGGAGCACGGCCGCAAAAAGCAAACCGGGAAUGCUUCGCUAACUGUAAAGCAGCCGGGCGGUGGCUGCGAUGUGGUCCGACAACGGAAUUGUAGAGUUCUGGGAGAACCAGCGCUACUGGGGCUUGACCUGGGGAGUGCCGCUGCUGCCGUUUGACUGGCCGGCCUUCAGCGAUGCGCAUGGAAAUACCGUGCAGCUCCCGCGUGGGCCGCCCGAGCGCGAGGGGGAGCGCGGCUGGUUUGUGGUGCGCACGCCAGCGACGGACGAGGAGGGGUGGCGGUACAGCACGGUGUUUUCCAAAUUGGACACGCCACGCCCCGGCGGCCGAGCCUCCAAACGCUCCUCCGACUACGUGCGAAGCCGGCUGUGGCGCAAACUGAGUGCCAGCCUCACAGCCGCCGGCGCCCCGGCGCCCCUGGGACUGCAGCAGCAGCACCACCACCAACAACAACAACAGGCAGGGCAGGCGCAGCUUGGGCUGCAGCAGGCGGCAGGAGAGGAGAUGAGGCCGUUGGGCGCGUCGCUACAGGCGGCUGCGGGGGCGCCGGGGACGGCAGGAGCAACAGCAGCAGCAGCGGAGGCGGCGGCAGCGGUGCCAGGCAGCGGCACACGCGGCAUCCCCGCGGCAGCGGACCUUCCAGCGAUUGCCACCUCGGGCGCCGCGGGCGUGGCGGCCGCAGCAGCCUCCGCGCCGUCGCUCAUGGCUGGUCGUGGCGGCGGCGGGUCGGGCGGCGCCGCCACCGGAUCUGGUGCCGGUGGUGGCGGCGGCGGCGGGCGGUCCGGCACGCCUCAGCUGCAUCCGGAAGCGGAGCGGAUUCUAAUGUCGGCCGUAGCAGCGUACGGCAUUAGUAAGGGCGCCACCCUGGGUGGCGGCCCUGUCGGCGGCGGCAGAGGCGGCGCCGGCGGCGGCGGGGGUGGCGGCGGGUCCCUUGUCGGCAGUGCGCUGCCAAAGCCGAGCCUGUUUAAGCUCUGGCAGCUGUUCAUGGAGCUCUGGAAUGAUGCGUGCGCGCGGCACGGCAUGCGGCGGUUGGUGCCGUUGGAUCCGUUGGGGCUGUACGUGGCGGCGCGCCGCCACCGCGAGCUGCUGGCGCGGCUGCGGCGGGCGCAGCUGGCGACGGGGCGGCUGGUGGCGGCGGCGCCGGUGGCGACGGAGGUGGAGCCCGAUGUGCUGGAUGAGGCGCCGGAGGCGGCGGCGGCGCAGCAGCAGGCGGCGGCGGUGGCCGUGGCGACGGCAGUAGAGCAGGUGGCGACGGGCGUGGAUGUUGGCGGUGGCGCGGCGGCGGUGCCGCCGACAGCAGCGACGGGCGCGGAGCGGGAGGCAGCGGCGGCGGGCGUGGAGGCGGCGGCGGCGGCCGCAGCGUCCCUGGCGCAUUACCACCGCUCGCCUACGGUGGGCGAGGCGCCGACGGGAGCGGCAAUCAUGCAGCCGGCGGCGCCGCAGCGGGCGACGCUGCACCGCAGCCGCACCAGCGGCGGCGGCGGACCUGCCGCCACCGGCGGAGCCGGUCGCGCUGGCGGCGGCUGCGCCGCCGCCAAUGGUGUGGAGCUGUCUGCCCCCAGCAUGUCUUUCCUGGAUGACCCAGAUCGCCGCACCGCCUCCAUCACACGCCCGCCAUCCGUCCUGGCCGCCGCGCGCGCCCGCGCGGUGGCGGCCGCCGCUGCAGGCGGCAGCGGCGACGGCGGCGGCGGCGGCGCCCUGGCGUCGCUGGCGGAGGCCGGCGAUGGCAACGUCGACGGCGACGUCGAUGUUGCUGGAGGUGAUGGUGGGGGUGGCUCGGAGGAGGCGGGUGCGGACCUGGAGGUGGAGCUGCCGGCAGAUGCGGGUCUGCUGCCGGACCUGUCGCACCCGGCCACGCUGCUGACCGAGCUGGUCACCGCCACCAACUACUCGCGCGCGGCGUAUGGAUACGCCAUGGCGGCGGGCCACCUUACGUCCGUCACCAAGCUCAUCGCCAUGCUGGGCUCCUCCGCGCACUUCAACCCCAUCACCGGGGCCAGCGCGGAGGCCAACCUGGAGGCCAUACACCUGUUCACAGGCAUCCCAGUGGAGGACGUGGUGAUGGCGGAGUGGCGCUCCGCCGUGUUCCGGCCCUGCCACUAUCUGGCGGUGGACCGGCGGCGGCGGCGGCUGGUGCUGGCGGUGCGCGGCAGCCUGGAGCUGUCGGACAUCGCCACAGACCUCACGGCCAGGCCCAUCGAGUACGACUUCGGUGGCGGCAUGGUGGGCCACGUGCACCAGGGCCUCAUGAGCGCCGCGUCGUACGUGCAGCUCAACACGGCGGCGGCGCUGCGCAGUGCGGCGGAGCGCUUCCCCGGCUGGCCGCUGCUGGUCACAGGCCACUCGCUGGGCGCGGGCGUGGCGGCGCUGUUGACGCUGCUGCUGCGCCAGCCCGGCCGCCCGCUCUCGGCGCCCGCCGCCGUGCCCGUGGUGCACUGCCUGGCCAUCGCGCCGCCCGCGGUGCUGUCUGCGAACCUGGCGGAAGCUGCCCGCAGCUGCAUCGUCAGCACGGUCAACGCCGGCGACUUCGUGGCGCGGCUGAGCUGCUACAGCGUUGACCGGGCGCUGCUCGAGCUGGUGCAGGCCAGCCCCGCCGCCGCCAUGGCGGACAGCCUGCUCCAGUCCACCGGCGCCACCUGGGCCGCCAUACAGCAGCGGCUGGCGGCGCUUGGCGGCGGGGGAGGAGGCGGAGGCGGCAACGGCGGGGGAGGGCUGCUGGGCUGGGGCGGUCAGGGCGGCGACGCCUCCGCGCCGAACCUUCGGGCGCUAGGCGGCGGCGCAGGCGGCAGCGGAAUGGGCAUGGGCAUGGAGGUUGAGCUCGUGACUGCGAGCGCCAGUGCCGGGCUCAAGCAGAUACCGCUGCUCACAGCCGCAGAGCAGCAGCAGCGGGCGGCGCGGGCGCAGCAGCAGCCCCACCACCCGCACCACGGCCACCACUACUCGGACACAGCCGGCGCCGCGCACGCGCAGCACCACCACCACCACCAUCACCACGGCCAUCAACACCAGCACGGCCGGGGUCAGCACGGCGGCGCCGGCGGUGGCGGCGACCCGGCGCCGGUCAUUGGCAGUGCGCCCAGCGCCGCCGGUGUGGGUACCGGCGGCGGGGGCGGCUUGUUCAGUGGGCAACUGACCGCCGCCUACACGCGCGCCGCGCAGCAGCAGCACCACACCACAAGCGUGCACGUGCACGCACACCACAGCCAGCACCAGCACCAGCACCACCCGCCGUCGCAGCAGCAGCGGGUUGACGCUGUGGCAGCGCUGGCCGCUGCCACCGAUGCCGCUGCCGCCGCCAUCGCCGGCACGGCUGCAGCGGCGGGUGACGAGGACGAGGAGCGGCGAUCGGCGAGUAUGCGGAGCGUGGCGAUGGAGGAGGCGGUUGCGGCGGUUGGCGAUCCAGCGGAUGACAUAAUGUCGUACCACUCCGCCGCCAGCAUGCAUGACUCAUACAUCAGCGCCGCCAGCAGCCCCGGCUACAGCUCCAUGAGCAUUAGCACGUUUCCAUCGUUGACGCCAACCGCCUUUAGCAAUGGUAACGGUUACAGCCUGCCCGGCCUCGGCGGCGGGGGUGGCAGUGGCGGCGGCGGCGGUUUUGGGCCGUUUGGAGGCGCGGCAGCCGCCGAGCGCGCAGCAGGCGGCGGCGAUGACGGUGACGACUUCGGCUUGGGUGUUAGUGGUGGUCACGACGACGGGUUCCUGUACCGGGCCACGCACCCUACCGCGCCGCCGCCGGGCGCCAAAGCGGCGGCGGUGGCGGCGGCCGAGGGCCGCGUGCGGCAGCAGCAGCCGCAGCAUUCACAGCCGGAUGUGGGGUUGGGGCUGCAGCCGGCGCCUGCCUCUGCCCGCCUGGAGGAGGGCGGCCGGUCGGGUCCUGCGCCCGAGGACCAGGUCGCGCACCCGCUGUCGCCGGGGCCGCACGCCCGGGGGCAGCAGCAGCAACAGCUGCGGCAGCGGGAGGCAGGCGAAGCCGAGGACGACGAUGAGGAUGAGCAGUUCAGGGACCGGGAGGGGGCGCCCCUGGCACACGGACACGGCUCGGCGGCGGGGCUGGCCGCCGCGGCCGCCGCGGCGGCGGUGGGCGGCGUGCCCUACGCCCACCACCACCACAACCAUAGCCACAACCAAAACCACCAGGCUGGCUCUGAAGGACGGGCGCAGGAGCGCCCGCCGUACCAGCUGGCAGGCGGAUCGGCCUCAGCGGCUCGGGCCAUUCCCGCCGGCGUCGGCCACAACCUCCCAUGCGCGGGGGCAGCGGCGGGGCCGUCCACGCCUCCGCGCCACGUGACCAGCAGCAGCCAUGGGCAGCAGGAACACGCACACGCGGUCGACGGCGCGGGUCGCUAUGCUGCUAUGACGCCGCCAUCCAAGUCCCCUGCCUAUGCCCACGCGCACGGGGCUGCACAGGGACCCGCAACGGCCGGGCGCCUUCCGCCGCCUUCGCCGGAGGAGCUGCCGCCGCCGCCGCUGAGCCUGCGCCGCAGCAGCGAUCCGCUGGCGGCGCGGUUGGCGGCGGGGGAGCUCUCCCGACGCGCAUCGCCGUUUGGUGCCGCCGGCGUCACGGCUGGUCGUGGCCGCGGUUCGUACGAUGAUGCUGAUGAGGAUGGCGACGAGUCGGAUGACGAGGAGGAUGAGGCGGACAUUGUGGCGGAGGCAAUGAACUGCAUGCGGCGGCCGCCGCGGCGGCGGCGGCGCAGCCUGGCGGCGGCGGCGGAGCGCCGUCGCCGCAACGCGGCACUACGGGAGCACGACGGUGCUGGCGGCGGCGGCCGCGUCACCGUUGGCAGCGAGGGUGCCGACGGGCUGCUAAGCUGGGAGGCUUUGAGUCAGAAGCUCAUGACCUCAUGGUUUGGGCAGGGCUUCUUCGAUGAGGAGGAGGAGGGGCAUCACGAUGAUCAGGACGAUUACCAGCGGGACGCAGAGGCGGCGGCGGUGGCGGCUGGCGACGCGGCGCGCAAUGGCGGCGGCGGCGGCAACGGCGGCGGUACCGGGUUUGGCAGCUGGCUCGCGGCGAUGGCGGGUGCUCCCGCCGCUCUGGCAUCACGCAUGAGUAACCCUGGCGCUGCCGCUGGCGGAGAGCUGCCGCCAGCGGCGACGGCGGCAGCCGGUGGCGGCAGCAUCAGCACCAGCCGCCUCACCUCGUGGUGGCCGGGUCUAGAGGAGCCGCCGGGGCCGCACUGCCCCUCCGCCAUCGACGCCGCCGCCGGCGUUGGGCUGCGGGGUAAGUACGGAGCCCUGCCGCCGCCGCAGUCGGGCCCCGGGGCGUGGCUGUUCGGGCCGUCGGUGCAGCCGCCGCCGCAGGAGGGCGGCGCGUCGCGGAGCGCACAGCGGCAGCGGGCGCCGCAGAGAGCAGGCGGAGGAGGCGCCGCAGGAUUCGGGGCCGGGGGCGGGGAGGCAAGCGGCAUGGAGGGCGCGAGCGGCAGCAGUGCACAAGGCUCGGGCCGCGGUGGCGGCGGCGGCGGCGGUGGCGGCCUUCACCGGCCCAGCCGCAGCAUGCCGGACGUGCUGGGCAUGGAGCUGGAUCUGGAUCCCGACUUCCGGCUGGAGAUGGAUCCAGAAUCCGCGCUGGAUCCAGACGACGCCGGCGAUGCUGGAUCCAUGCCGCAGCGCUCCAAGCCCUCCGACCGACUGGAUGCCAAACACCAGUACGCGCGCGCGGUGCAGCGGCGCCACCAGCGGGCGGCCCACACCGCUGGCACCAAUCAUACCAACAGCAAUAUCGGCAGCAACAACGGCGGCAGUGGCGCGGCGGCUGGCGCCGCCGGCGCCGCCGGCGCGGGCGAGGCCCCGCACUACCUGCACUCGGCGCACAAGGAGCUGUACCCGCCGGGCCGUGUGCUGUGGAUGGUGGUGGAUGAGGAGGACGCAGCGCCGGCCGAGGUGCGCGCAGCGCUGCGGCAGCAGCAGCAGCAGCAGCAGGCUAGCGGUACCGGCACCGGCGCGGGCGCGGGCGGCGCUGCAGCCGCAGCGGCUUCGCCUCCUCCUACCGCGCCGGCGGCAUCCAGGUCGGCCCGCACGCCACCUUUAUCGCCGUCAGGCGGCCCGAGUGCGGCAGGCGCGGGCUCAACCGUACCGUCGGCCCAGAUGCAACGGAGUAGCUCGCAGCCGCAGCCCCACCAGCCCCAGCAGCAGCAGCAGUGUAGCCUGCUGGACCUGUCGCUGGUGUCAGACCUGGUCAGCAGCUUGGUGACGCCGGCCGUGCCCGGUGCCGGUGCCGCCGGCGGACCCGCACAGCAACAGCAGCCGGCCAGCCGCUCAGGCAGUGGCGGAGGCAGCGCGGGUGCUGGCGCUGGUGCUGGCGCUGGCGCUGGUGCUGGCGCGUGCGCUGGUGCUGGUGCGGGCGCUGGUGCUGGCGUGUGCGCUGGUGUGGGCGCUGGCAGCCCACCCAAGCCGCCACAGCCGACAGGGUUAGCGGCGCCCGGUGUGGCACAGCAUCCAUCGUCACCGGGCGGCGGCGGCAGCAGCGGGAGCGGUGGCAGCGGUGGCGCGGCGGCGGAGGCCAAGACGCCCUCGCCUGGCAGCAAGCGCCAGCGUGUCAGCUUCACUGGGACCGCGGAGGACAACGCCGUGGCAGCUGCGCCGCCGCCUGGCGAUGAAGCAGCCAGUGGCGGCGGCGGCGGCGGCAGUGCGCCGGCCAGCGCUGCGCGCGGUGGCGGCGGCACCGCCAGGCCACCGCUACCGCCACAGGUGGUCUCACCCUUCCACGCGGCCGCAAGCGGCCCCACCAUUGGCGCAGGCCUGCCUCCCUCGUCCCCUCCUCAGGCGGCAGCCGGCGCGACAGCGGGCGGUGGCAGCGCUGCCGCAGCCAUUGCGGCCGCCGGCGCGUACCUUGACACCGCGAUGGCGACGGGUGCCGCCAGCUCCUCACCUCAGGCCGGCUUCUCGGCGCGCGUCCGCGACAGCCUUAAGCGGAUCAAGAGCGGCAUGGAGACCAUGCUGCGGCAGGCGCCCAGCCUUCCUAACGUGCCCUCGGUCAGCAACAUCCUGGCGGCAGCAGGCGGCGGCGGCGGCCUGGGGGCGGUGGGCCUGGGCGAUGAGGACGACGACGUAUCGGGGCAUGGCAGCAGCGUGCACGGCGGCGGCGGCGGCGGCCUGGGUUCACGCCGCCCUAGUGACGCCGGAGGCGGCGGCGGCGGUGGUGCCGGCGGUGCCUUCGGCUCGUCGUCGUCGCUGGGUGCGGUGUUUGGUCGCAUGGCGGGGAGCAGCAACGGCGCCGCAGGCGCCGGCGGCAAUGGCGGCGCCAAUGGCGGUGGCGGCGCCGCCAAUGGUGGCGGGCAGUGGCUUUACCUGGUGGAGGCUGACCGGGAGGUGUUUGAGAGCAUGGCGCUCAUUCCCUCUUGUGUCACCGACCACCUACCCGACGCCUACUUCCAGCGGCUGAGGCAGCUAGCCAAGGGCAACGCCAUGGCACCGGCGCUGGGGCAGCGCGUGCUGCGGCAGGCGGGGCCCGCGCCGCCACAGCAGCAGGAGCAGCAGCAGCGGCAGCAGCAGGGGCAGCAACAGGGGCAACAAGAGCAGCAGCAGGGAGCAGGAGCAGUAGGAAUGUAGGCAAGCUGGCAGUGGUGCGAUUAGGUAGGGGCUUAAGGAACGGGGGGCCGUGUGUAUCGUGGUGUAGUGUUUGGUGUAGUUGGCAAGUGUGGUGGGGCCACGCACGGCGGCGGACUGUGGGGCAAGCAGCGCGAGGCACCGACUCACUGGGUCCGAGGGCAGCACGUUCCUUCCCGGUGGCGAGUAGGAGUGAACGAGGCAGCGUAGCCAUGUGGGUGCUCACAGAUUGCGUCGGUGCGCUGUGCUUGCGUUAUGCUAGUUCACCUUUCGUGGGUGGUGGCCGGCCUGGAAACGAACAAUGCAUUGCACGCCAAUGAUCACGUUAACAGAUAGUAGCUUGCCGCUGUGCACGUGUACCGUAUGGCUGUUACUAAUGGCUAGGAAAGGACGUGUGUGCGCGACGGAGCUUCCGCAAGCUUCUAGCAACGGCCCCUAGCAAAUUGCGCACAGGCAGGUCAGGGGCCGGUCACGCGGAGUUCAGCAGGCAGUCAGCUUGCGGGGUGUGGGGUGAACCGCAACCGGCACUGGUGGGUCAGGCAACUGAGGCAGGCGACGUGCAUGCAAGUGUGCCAUGCCGCGUGGCGUGCCGCCAAGGAGCGACGCGCCGACGCUGUGGGAACCCAGAAGCGGACUCGGGCAUGCUAGUGAUGGAACAUGGCAAGGGGCAGGAAAGCGUAGUCCCGAUGUGUGUGGUUCCCACCCGUGCCCACAUAAAUGCGUAGCAAGAAGGGACAAGGCAUUGGUGCGUCGUUCGCGCGCUGUUACUGUACCGACGGUAGCUGGCAGGAUGUGUCGAUGUUUUGCUGACGCGCAUUCCUCACGCUCCGGGCGCCCGGCCAAGGCGAUAGCACCACACAGACUCAAUGCGACGCCACACCGCGCGGAUAGCAUAGCCGAUGCGCACCUGCAGGCAGUCGACCGGCGUCCACGGAUGAGCUGUGUAGACGAGCACUAGCGUAAUGCAACGGCGUGCAGCAAAACAAUGGCCGGGCGACAGUGUGACAAGCAGGGGCAAGAACAAGGCGAAGCAAAGCAGAAGAGGGGCCCGAAUGUGUACGACAAUUGUGGCGGGCAGGCCGAAUGCGGUGCAACACGCCAACAACACAACCGGAGGUGAGGAAGCGUUGCUGAUGGUGAGGAUAGGUGCUGCGACGUUCGGUAGGGGAGCUGUGGCCGCGCACUAGAUGGGAGGAAGUAUCCGAGGUGUUGUUUCCGAGGCAUUGUUUGUGGCUGAUGUUUGUGGCUGAUUAAGAAAGAAGCAGAGUUUCGGCUGUGAGCGGCUGGCGAGGAGAGGCGGGGGCUGUUGCGUUUGGGAAGGCGGGCGGAAGGCCGCACACGCCGGGAGUCGGGCAGGCUGUAGAUUUCGCUGAAGCUGCGUUUGAGAAGGGAGCCGAAGGGACAGCUGGGGUGGGACAGUUGGUGCGGGACAGCUGGAAGGGACAACUGGAAGGGACUACUGGAAGGGACAGCUGGGAGGGACAUCUGGGAGGGGACAGCGGAUGUGGGACGGCUGGGGUGGGACAGCUGGGGAGAGGCACGGGACAGCUAGCAUGGGACGCUGGGUGGCUGCAGAGGCUGGCAGCGCUGGGGCUGGUACGUAGGUGGGUACUUGGGUACGCGGCUGGAUGGAGCCCGGGCUCACGAAGAGCUCCCCGGUGGCAUGACAGGAGGCGGCGUCUUAAAAGCAUCAGCCCUGCGGCACGGGAGCGCGGAGAGGGGGCACGCGCACACACACAGGGCAAAACACAGCCAGGACGAAAAGCCCGCCAAGGAUCCCGCCCACGCAGCCAACACGCGCCCGCCGCAAACAGGCACUCACACGCGCACACACAACCCACAAGACGGCCGAGAAGCCGGCGAUCACGCACCGCACGCCCCACACACGGCCGGCGGGACAGCACACUCCCGAAAAGCAGCGCCCCUAACGCAUGCUCGUGGUACGGUACUUGGGCGACGUGCAAACGUCAGCUCAUGCUCGGGCAUGCUAGUGGUACGGUACUUGGGCGACGUGCAAACGUCAGCUCAUGCAGAUGGAGGUUCACGUGUAGUGUGUAAACGGCCCAGAAG